AACAUAGUAUGAACAAACUGAUCAAAUGUCAUUCAAAUCUUCAUCGCCAAUACCAACAUCAUCAAUGCACAACAGAGCAACAGUGGAGAGCUCGAAGCAGACAGCAGCACACAAUAGUGCUUGAAGGAUGACGAUUACAAUCGACAAUUUGAGGGGGGGAUGAAGGCAAUUUUAUUAUGGAAAGGAUUUCUUCGUGUUCCUCUGGUUCGACUGCUUUGAGCUUGGAUAUCCAUGGAGCUGGUAGCAGGUGGCUCAGUGAUGCUCGUUUCGCCCACAGUAAUUGCAAAAAGGACAACCGCGAGACCUGAAGUCGCCUCUGCUCGAGUCGCCAAAAUUAGGGUUAAUACUUCCCCCCUACUUCAUUAACGGUUUUGGCUACAAAACUGAUUGCUUCAUUGUUGGAAUCCCUGCCUUGAGCAAUAGACUGCUGUGCUUCAUCAUGAGCGGCCAUGGAAUGCGCUCUGUUCAUGUUCGUAAGUUGAAGUCCAACAUCACAAGUACAAAUCGGUAGGUCAAGAUACAAGUCCAUUUCAUCUCAAAGACUCUUUAGCUUCGAGUGGUUGAAUAUCCAAGAAACCAACAUUAAAUUGCAGGAAAUAAACUGCGUGCUUGGACCGUCUGAAGGAGAGAAGACAAAGAUCGGAGGAUGAAGCUCGACCAAUUUGGUCGGCAGAAAGAGUUGCCCUCAAGAUCGAUGCUUUGAUACCAUGUCAGAUAUCGAGGGAAGAAUACCGGUAGGAGACAACAAUUAGCUUCGAGAGACUUUACUACAUUCAAUUCGAUGGAGUCAUUCGAGAUGAACAACUCGGCAAUCGAUAAGGAUUCCUCGCACCUGAGGCGAUCAGCCAACUAUAAACCAAACAUAUGGAAGUAUGAUUUUCUUCAGUCUCUCCACAACAAGCAUGAGAGUGAAGGAAACGCUACUCGAGCGAUGAUGCUUGUUGAGGACGUAAAGCAAAUGCUCAUAGAAGCUGUGAGCUUAAAGGCCAAUCUAGAGCUAAUGGAUAACAUAAUGAAGUUCGGCUUAGCAACAUUAUUCGAGAAGGAAAUCAAGGAAACCCUUGAAAUAGUGGCCAUGAUGGAGCCGAACGAUGAGAAAAGUCACGGUGAUAGUACGAUUGAAGAGCAUGAUCUCUACACCAUUGCAUUGCGCUUCAGGCUCCUCCGGCAGCAUGGUUAUGAAGUUUCAGAAGAUGUAUUUAGGAGCUUUAAGGACAAAAAUGGUGGUUUUGUAAGAGCCAAGUUUGGAGAUACCAAAGGGGUGAGAGAGCUAUUGGAGGCAGCACAUUUUGGACUAGGAGACGGAACCAUAAUGGAGAAAGCCAAAAUUUUCUCUAUGGAAUCGCUUAAGAAGAUCUGCAAUAAUUCCGUUAAUAAUUGUGGUGGUAUUAUUGAAGAAGUCCCCAAUGAUAAUCAAGUGGUCCAUCAUGCACUGGAGUUGCCAUUGCACUGGCGGGUUGAGUGGUUCGAUGCAAGAUGGCAGAUCCGAUUUCACGAGAAGGAAAAAUCUGGGGACGUGAACUGCAGUAUGGUCAAGCUGGCUAAGAUCCACUUCAAUGCGGUUCAAGCUACCCACCAGAAGGAUCUCAAGGAACUCUCCAGAUGGUGGAGGGAUUUAAGGCUCGUAGAAAACUUGAGUUUCACCAGGGAUCGGCUGGUUGAGUGCUUCCUCUGUGCUGUAGGGCUUGCGCAUGAGCCGAAACACAGCUCCUUCCGAAAAGCUCUCACGAAAGUCAUCAUCUUCGUUCUUGUGAUAGAUGACGUGUAUGAUCUUUAUGGUUCCUUGGAGGAAUUACAAUGCUUCACUGCCGCUGUCGAUAGAUGGAAUUUGGGGGAAAUGCAACACCUGCCCGAGUGCAUGAAGUUAUGCUUCCAAGCCCUUGAUGACGUUACAAAUGAAAUUGCUUAUGAAAUUGGCGCAGAAAAGGGAUGGAUGCAAGUCUUACCACAUCUAAGAAAAGUGUGGGGAGAUUUCUGCAAAUCAUUACUCGUGGAAGCAAAGUGGUUCAGCUUGGGUUACACUCCAUCACUGGAAGAGUAUUUAGAGAAUGCAUGGGUUAGCUCUUCGGGUCCUCUGAUUCUGACCCAUUCCAUAUUCUUUCAUGCCCAUGAAGAUUUAGACGGGGCAAAGGACUUACUCGAGAUGAACAAAGAUCUCGUGUACAACUCAUCCCUCAUAAUUCGACUUUGCAACGAUUUAGGAACCUCAGAGGCUGAAAGCAACAGAGGAGACGCGCCAUCGUCAAUCCUAUGCUACAUGCAAGAGGAGAAUGUUUCGGAGGAGGAAGCUUUGAUGCACGUGAGAGGGUUGAUAGUCGAAGCAUGGAAGAACAUCAAUGGAAGAUCCAUUCUCGCGCAGCAUUCUCCAUCUCUCCAGUCACUUAUCCGUCUCUGCUCCAACGCGGCGCGUGUUGCCCACAUGCUGUACCAGUCUGGCGACGGAUUUGGUGUCCAAGACGGUGACAUUCGGCAGCAGAUCCUGUCAUCCCUAAUUGAACCGUUUGCAAUGGGCUGAUUAAUAAGCCAUAGAUCGAUAUUUAUAGCUCUAGUUGGCUCUCUCGUUCCCUUUUCGGAAUAAUAAAUGCAUGUUUUGGGACUAGUACUGGAAAAUGCGUUGGAAUCUGAAGUAGAACAUAUGCAGCACAUAUUGUAUGAUGGCAAUCGAAUUCCCUUUUCAUCCCACAGUUGGACUAGAUGACUCGAGUACAUAAAAUAUAGCCUAGAUUAUAUUGUGUAGUGUGGUGUGGUGUCUCGCACACGACCUACAAUAUAGUUGCACCACUGUUUGAUUUGAGGAUUGAUCCUGGAUUUUCCAAUCAGCCUCGAUAAGUUGGCUAGAAAAAA